GGGCUGCUUUCCCCUUCCCCUUUCCUUAACCCUUGCGGGAGCGGAGGAACAGGCUCGUGCUGCAGCACAAGGAGCCGGGGCGCUGACUGCCCUGGGCUCCCCAAACUUUGCGCGGAGCGUGGGCUUGACUAGGCAGAGCCGAACCUGCUGGCUGGCCUCGGAAGGGACGGGGAAGGGCCUGGGGGUGGGAGGAGGACCCUUCUGCACCCCAGGUCUCUAGCCCGGAUGGGGGGUGCAGUCGCGGGAGAGACCGGCUGGGAGCUGUCCGUUCAGCACCACGGACCUAAGCCUGGGCGUUAGGAAGGCGGAGGCGGGGCAACGGGCGGGGAGCUGUCCGUUCAGCACCGCGGACCUUUGCCCUCCACUGAAACCUGCGGGCCCCCGCCCCAGGACUGCCUUUCCUCCAGUUUGAGCGGGGGUGUCGGUAGCAGGCGGAGAGCUUUCCUGGGAGGUUGGGGAAGCAGUGAACACUCUUCUCAGCGACUCGCCUCCCAGCAGUGCUAUUUUUUACCAUCCGCCCUCACCCCCAGCACACGCGCUCGCACACACACGCGCACACACACACACACACACACACACACACACACACGCACACACAGACCUCUCUGGAUUUCUUUGCCUUGAGUCUCCCGGGGCUGUGAGGAGCCAGGCGCAUCUCAAACCGAGCUGCUACUUCCAGGCUCCGGAGCCAUGCCCUGCACGGACCCUCAUCUUUACCAAGCUCCUGAGGAAUGAAAGGAUCCCAGGGACCCUCAGAAGGCAGCAGCGAUGUGGACCAACCCCCUGGAGCCUGCACCCUUCCGAGGGCCAUAGGCGACCCGGGGAAUUGGAGAGAGCUCCAGACAGGAAAUCCCAGCUUUCCCAAAGUCGCUGUGGAUGCUGACAAAAGGAGACCCGAAUUUUUGGAAGAGCCUGCCCUAGGUUACCCAGCUGCAGAGUGAUUUUUUACCUCUGGCAUUGGACCUCCCCUCCAACCCCCAGCCGUUCAGAGUACCAUGAAGAAUUAUGAGGAUGUGUGACAGAGGUAUCCAGAUGUUGAUCACCACUGUGGGGGCCUUCGCAGCUUUUAGUUUAAUGACCAUUGCAGUGGGCACGGACUACUGGUUAUAUUCCAGAGGUGUGUGCAGGACUAAAUCUACAAGUGAUAAUGAAACCAGCAGGAAGAACGAAGAAGUAAUGACCCAUUCGGGGCUGUGGAGGACCUGCUGCCUAGAAGGGGCCUUCCGCGGGGUCUGCAAGAAGAUAGAUCACUUCCCAGAAGACGCCGACUACGAACAGGAUACAGCCGAGUACCUCCUGCGGGCCGUGAGGGCCUCCAGCGUCUUCCCCAUCCUCAGCGUCACGCUGCUCUUCUUCGGCGGGCUCUGCGUGGCAGCCAGCGAGUUCCACCGCAGCAGACACAACGUCAUCCUCAGCGCGGGCAUCUUUUUUGUCUCUGCAGGGCUAAGCAACAUUAUCGGCAUCAUAGUUUAUAUAUCCGCCAACGCCGGGGACCCCGGGCAGCGCGACUCCAAAAAGAGCUACUCGUACGGCUGGUCCUUCUACUUCGGCGCCUUCUCCUUCAUCAUCGCCGAGAUCGUGGGGGUGGUCGCCGUGCACAUCUACAUCGAGAAGCAUCAGCAGCUGCGCGCCAAAUCCCACUCGGAGCUCCUGAAGAAAUCCACUUUCGCGCGCCUCCCGCCCUAUAGGUACCGGUUCCGGAGACGGUCAAGUUCGCGCUCCACGGAGCCCAGGUCCCGGGACCUGUCCCCCAUCAGCAAAGGCUUCCACACCAUCCCAUCCACCGACAUCUCCAUGUUCACCCUCUCCCGGGACCCCUCCAAGAUCACCAUGGGGACCCUCCUCAACUCCGACCGGGACCACACUUUUCUACAGUUCCACAACUCCACGCCCAAAGAAUUCAAGGACGCCCUGCAUAACGACCCGGCCAACAGGCGCACCACGCCGGUCUGAGCCGCCCGCGCCCGCGCCCCUCCCGCCGCCCCGCCGUCCCCGCCCGCCUACCUGAGGCUGCUUGGCAUGGGCCUCGCGAUGGUAUUACCACUUUUUACAAAGAGUGGAACCAGACGGACUCGGCCCCCCCACUCACUGCCCCUCGCCCUGCGGCCCCUCCCAGCCCCGCCCCUCCCAGCCCGUCCAGCCCGUCCUCUCUGUGUGUCUGUGCAGAUGUGUCCCUUUCUUCCUUUUUUACUGGAAGGACCUCCACAUUCUUCCCUCCUUGGAAGAAGACUUAAAGUCACGGGUGGUGGGUUGGGGGAGGGGGUCCCCGAAUCCCCAGGCGCGAGCAGUUGUCCCCACUGACCACUCACACACGCCCUCAGGACACCCGCCAACCAGGUGGCCCUGGGGGAGGCAUUCACUUAUCCGUGUUAGACAAACAUGACCAGAAAUCAAAGCUGUCGGAGCCCAAAGCAGCUCAUGUAAUAAGCACUCAUGUGAUUAAAGGUUUUGCCUUGUCGUAA